AUGGAAACAUUAAGAGUAGUACAAUUAGGGGCAAUAGGUUCUGGUAAGACAGCAUUUUUUAAUCGUUUAACAUCAUCAAAUGAACCUGAAAUUUCUGGAGGUCCUUCAGUCACAAAAUAAGUUGUAGUUGGCUAUAUUACAGAUACGGACAUUGAGAUUAUAGACACUCCUGGUUUUGAGAGUGAAAGUGACAAAUUAUUACAUGUAGCUGGUGUUGUUGCAGCAUUAUCAUUAGGAAAUGUUAACAGAAUAUUAGUGUUUGUAAAAUUUGAAAGAGAUGAUAGAAUGAUAAGUUCAAUAAGACAAAUACUAUCUCCAAUUAAAAGAUAUAAAGAUAUUGUAACCAUUAUUGUUACACAUUUGGAUUAUUCUAGAAAUAUUAAUGAAGAUUAAGAUCGUUUUUCAAAAAGAAUAAAAUAAGAUUUUAAUCUAGACUCAAUUUUAUUUUAUUCUAAUACAGAUUCAAAUUGUUAAACUAUUGCAAAAGGAGUUGAAGAAAUCAUUACUAAGUCUUAAUUUAAAUCAAUUUAAUUAUAAGAUUCAGAAAUAUUUAGUUAAUUUGAUCUACUUUAAUUAGAUGAUCAAAACUAAACUCUAUUAGAAAAAAACUAAACAGUUAUUUUACGUUAAUUCAGAAAAAUUGCAGGAAUAUAUAAAUUCUAUAUUGAAUAAAUAGAUUUAGAAAAUCCUUAACUUAUUGAUAUUUUACAUGAAUUAACUUUCGAUAUUAAAUCAAUAGCAAAUAAAUGUGUUGAAGAAUUUGAAAAUUUACAUGGAGAUGUAUUGAAUGAAUUUUAUGAUGUAUAAGGAGUAAACAUUAGAUAUUUACAUCAUAUUUAUUUAAAGAAAUAAAUUAAAUUAGAUCUUAAUAAUGUUAUUAUUUUAGCCUAAAAGACAAUGACAAAAUCAAAAUAUCAUUGUUAUAAUUUCAUAAAAUUAUGUCCAAAUUGCAAAUAGCCAUGGAUAAAAGUUGUUGGUUGUGAUGGAUUAACUAAAUGCGGGAAUAGAAUUUUGCCUUUUGAAAAAGAUGAAAUUAUUGAUUAGGCAUCAGCUCCUAAAAAAUAUUAAUUUAUGAUUGAAGACAAUCAAUUAAAAGUUUAGGCUGAGGAUAAUUAAAUAAAUAAUUUAACAGAAAGUGAAGAGUUUAGUUAUAAAUUAAAUGAAUUAUAUAAAUAUUUUAGAAAGGAUCGACAUUUCUAAGAAUAUUUGGGAUAAGAUUUUUCAAAAGAUGCCUUUUUGUAAUUAUUAUAAGAAAAAUUUGGUAAAAUAUUGAAAGGUACUAUUCUAAAGAUUAAUGAUGAUACUAAAGGAAAAAUUAUCUAAUAAUUAAAAGUUUAUUUUUAUAGUUUAUUCAAAGUUUCACUAAAAAAAGAGGAUUAAGAUAAAUUAAUUGGCUGUGGAAUCACAUUUAAUUGGGCAGAAUAGCCUCCCCUUAGAGGACCAGAAUUAAAUGAAUUACUUUCAUAAGAUUUGAUUGACUUUUUUAAUAGAGAUUAAGAAAAAUUGUUAAAAGAUGAAGCAUACUUUUUAGAACAAUCAUAUAAAAAAUUAGUUAAAGAUGCCAUUGAGGAUUAAAAGCAUUAAAAAAAAAUAUUAAAAUCUAAAACUCAACCUAAAGGUCUAUAAUUAUGA